AUGUAUCGACAUGUUUUUUGGUUCUUGAUGUUGCUGUUGUUGUUGGUGUCCAUUGGUUAUAUACCCACUUUCUCCGCCUUUAUUUUCUUAUCUCUCUUCUCAAAAAAAAAAGGAUCCAUCUUUCACUUUGAAACUAUUUUCCUUUGUUGCUGGGUAUAUGUUAUUGGGGAGAUGCUACUGCAUAUAUACGUUCAUUCUACCUAUUUCUUUUUUUUCGUUCAGGUUAAUUAA